GUUGCUGGGGGCCCCGUAUGGCUGCUUUCUUCGUUUUUUCCGACCAAAAAACUCCCCAUCUGCGCGCCCCCAAAACACGCUUAGCCAUAGGGUUUGACAGAAACCUUGCAAUAGCUCCCGCUGUAGUGCUGAUCCGAAUUUUUACCAGGGUGUUUUCGGCACCUAACACCCCAAUAAGCACACCCUCCGAGUAUCGUGCGAUUCGAGCAACUCUACGAGGUAGUAACUUUGGCGUGAAGCUCCGUGCGGGGGUGUGGUAUCUUCCGUUGUCGGGUGCACCGCUCCAUCUUGGUCCGCUGGAGAGAACGUCCUGAACGCCGUCCGUGGGCCAGAAGCUGGAUCUCUUGGCUGCAGGUGAAAAAUGUUUCGGUUAGGGGGCGUGGGCAUGAAGUCGCAGCCCAACUCUGGCAAAGGAGAUUGUGGCCCACGCACCAUGAUCGAUCUUUCUCGACUUACAUACAAGUCCAGGUUGCACCCCGAAACAGUCCACGAGCUUCGCAGCAAAGUAGCCGAUCUCGGACGCAAAGCGACCCACCCACUCUGUGUGGAAUUUGGGCAAUUCGCUGACGACUGUACAGCCGGCGACUACGAGGCGGAGGAGGGACCCAUCGAAGAAUUGCUGCCCGACCCUCUCCUGCCCAUCAUCAAGCGGGCUACAUGGGUGAAGGUGGCGGAAAGUGGUUGGUGGGACGGGAAACACAUGGAGGCCGCGGCUGUCGUUUUAGGUCUAGAAAACUUCAGGCUCGUGAAGGCGACGGAAGAAGGGGAACUCGUUCCGUGCUACGGCGCGAACGACCUGCAGCCACAUUUCCCUAUGGCGAUAUGGCACCCAUGUGGGCACUUCGAAGCCGUGGUCAAGAACAUACCGCAGACGGCAGCCAAGAAGCCCGCCGCAGCCAAGGAACCCGCCGCAGCGAAGGAGCCCCCCGCCCCCGAGGAACCCGCCGCAGCGAAGGAACCAGCCGCUCCCAAGGAGCCCGCCGCCCCCAAGGAGCCUGUCGCCCCCAAGGAGCCUGUCGCAACCAAGCAGCCACGCGUGGUCAAGAAGCCCGCCUCAGCGAAGACGCCUGCCGCAGCCACGGAGGAUAGAGACGGCUGGGUUCUCGUGGGAAAAAAUGGACGCCCGACGACCGCGGGUGGUCGUGGUGGCCGUGUGGAUGAGCGUGCCGAGAGGAGCAACGCCAUCGACGAGGUCGCUUUCGUUGUUCCCGUCCAGGACUCGAGCCUUGUGGCCAAGUUUGAUACCGGCAACAUGUACACCUCGCUGGAUUGUGGGGAGGAGGUGAACAACGAGGGGGAAGGAGAUGACGUGGGAUUAGAGACGGACGAAGCCAUGGAGGAGGGGGAGGGAGCCCGCGUGGGAUGGGGGAGCGAGAAUGGGGUGGAGACGGCGGAGACCACGGAGGAGCGCUCUACGGCUUCGCACGGGUUCGUUCGUAGGGGGGUCGACAUUCUUCACACGGCGGUGUGGGCUGUUGUCACUGGAGUUGGUGGCGUGAUCGAUCGCAUCGCGAGUGCUCCGUUUGGCCGCGACGAAACGGCGGACAAGGCCUACCCGCGCGGCACCUCGGGCGCCACCGAUCAUCACGGAGACCAUGGCAUCGCCGACGAUGCGAGCGAGUCCGAUGAGACGACACCCAACGGCAGCGACAAUGGCGGCACAAGUGCUGAGCAUGCCACCUCCAGUCCGGUAAUAUGUCUGACUACAAGUUUUGCGUCCCCAACAAAUUGGUUUGCUAGGCGACACAGAUAUGUGUAGCCAAAGCCUUGCUAUCGAUCUCCGGGCUCUUCGUUGCGUCGUAAAUGCGAGUCGUCAUGUUCGGCGCAUUAGGUAAAGCCUUUUUUGGCACGGGCAACAGUCGAGAUUGUACGUGGGUGAACCCGGCACUUCCUCGCCCAUAAUUCGCUCUUCCCAUAUAGGACGUCCUACAUACCCGUCUCGACAAGAUGUCCUAUUUUCUGAAAAUGCCGCAGGCCAACGCCCGUCGUCGACCGCGCACCUCUCGUCGUAGGCGCACCGCUCGUCGAAGGCGUACCUCUCGUCGCCGCCGCGCCGGUCGUCGCCGCGGCACCCCCCGCAAAUGUCGAAUCAUCCGUGGCAGGCCCACCGACCAGCACGGAGACCAAGGCAUCGCCGACGAGGAGAGCGAGUCAGCGGAGACGACACCCAACGGCAGCGACAAUGACGGCACAAGUUCUCAGCAUGCCACCUCCAGCCCGGUAAAUAUUUCGAACCACAAGUUUUGCGUCCAAAAUAUACCGCCUUGCUUUGCUACACCGAGAUGUGCAGCCAGAGGCUUGCUUUAAAUCUCCGGGCUGUCCUCUAGGUAAAGUAUUUUUUGGCACGGACAACAGUCGAGAUUGUGCGUGUGUGGACCCGGCACUUCCCCGCCCAUAAUUCGCUCUCCCCCUACAGUAAGCCCUGGUACAUACCCGACUUGACAAGAUUUAAACCUAUUUUUUCGGAAAACGUUGCAGGCCAAUGCCCCUCGUCAACGGCGCACCUCUCGUCGGAAGCGCACCUCUCGUCGGCGGCGUGCCGCUCGUCGCCACUGCACCCCCUGCAAAUGCCGAACCAUCCGCGGCAGGCGCUACCGCCCCACGGGUUCUGGUUGUCUUGGCGUGCAUGGACGCACCGCCGUUUUGCCCUCCACGAAGACCGCCACGACGAUUCGCCUGUUUCCAGCCUCGUUCAUCCGCCAGUGGUUGGUGAAGGAUGGGUCCGUGGACGGCUUGGAGCGGGCAUGCUUCCGCGGUGGAGCCUUGUCGAACCAAUGGAUGCGAAUGGUUCUGUUUGCGCACAAGUACGCCAAGCACUGCCUGGCAGAUGAACGUGGGGGAGGCGUCCGCAGAUGGUUAGGGGCUCGAUCUCAAUCACGCCAGUCAUGGAGACCUUUGAAUAGCCUCCAACCCCACAUAUCAAGAAGCGCGUAAUCUAAUCACCUCUGUAGGUUUUGUUUUCUCCGGUGAAAUAGAAGCU